AUAAUCCAAAGAAAAAAGACUUUUCCCCAAAAUUAUAGGAGAAAGUUUGAAACCAAGGAAAAGCCAAUAGCAGAAAGAAAAAAACAGUGCUUUGCCCUAGAGUCUAAACCAGAGACCAUCCCUUCUUUGAAGGGUUUUUCGUUUCUCUCUCCUACUUCUGAACAAAAUUAGAAGUGGUUGAUAUCAUAUAUUGUAUAUAUGGUGGAAUCUGAUAAAACCCACCUCCAUGAUAAGCAUUGGAUGAGGCCUGAGGAAUCAAAUGAAGAUGGAAACGAGUUUUUGAGUCAGGAAGAAAUUAAUAGGUUUUUGAUGUCAGAACCUGUGAUUCAUGAGAUGUUAUUGAAGCCUCAAUCACAAUCUCAACCUUUGAAGAAAUGUUCAAGUGAUACAAAUGCAAUUAGUUUCGCUGCGAAUGCGCUUUCGGCUGCUGGUGCUGCUUUUCUGUCUGCUAUCAUUGUUAACCCUCUUGAUGUUGCUAAGACAAGGUUGCAAGCACAAGCUGCAGGAGCUGCAUAUGCGCAUCCAUUGAGUAAUGCCCUUAGUCGCAUGGCCGUAUUUGGACCAAAUAUGAUGUUUGCAGACUUGAGGUGUUCCCCCUCAUGUGCACGGGCUGGUAUUCAGGGAACAGUAUCAAUUUGUCCACCUGACUGUUUUCAUUACAAAGGAACGCUUGAUGUUAUGUACAAAAUUGUCAGACAGGAAGGAGUCACAAGACUAUGGAGAGGGACAAAUGCUGGCUUGGCACUGGCUAUACCAAUGGUUGGAAUUUAUCUUCCCUUUUACGAUGUAUUCCGCAUUCGCAUGGAGGAGUAUGCAGCUGAAAAUUCUCCAAGUGUAGAGCCAUAUGUCCCACUUGUCGCUGGUGCUUUGGCACGCUCACUGGCUUGUACUACAUGCUAUCCUAUUGAACUUGCUCGAACACGAAUGCAGGCAUUCAAGGAGACUGGGAAGAAGCCUCCUGGAGUAUUGAAGACCCUAAUUGGGAUCGUUUCAAAUGCCAAUAAUACCACCACCUUUCAAAGCAACUUGCAACGUUGUCGUGCUCUCUGGACUGGCCUUGGAGCACAACUUGCCCGUGACGUUCCCUUUUCAGCAAUCUGUUGGGCAACCCUGGAACCUAUGAGGAGGAAACUUGGUACUCUUACAGGAGAUGAAGCAAGUGCUAUCACUGUUCUUGGGUCAAAUUUUGCUUCUGGGUUUGUGGCUGGAAGUUUAGCUGCUGGUGCUACUUGUCCCUUGGAUGUAGCUAGAACACGCAGACAAAUAGAGAAAGAUCCUCUCAAGGCACUCAGGAUGACCACAAGGAAGACUCUAAUUGAGAUCUGGAGGGAUGGAGGAACUAGAGGCCUCUUUGCAGGUGUUGGUCCUCGUGUUGCUCGUGCCGGGCCUUCAGUCGGGAUUGUGGUUUCAUUCUACGAAGUAGUAAAAUAUGUCCUUCAUACAAGGUUUGCCAAUCCUUGAUUUUAGUUGGCAGCUAACACAACUAGGUUUUAGAUCGAGCUCAUCAAAUGAAUACAGUUUUUGGUGACCUGGCUUCCAAGUUCCAAGAUUACAAUCUUCUAACUUCUAAGUUAUAUAAAUAAUGCACAUAGCUAAUGAAUCUCACCUUGAAAUAUAAUCUUUUGAGGUGAGUUGGUGCAGGAUUAGAUUAUGGUCAGGUUACUUCUGUUUCUCAAGGUUGAGCAAAAUUUUGUCCAAGUAUAGCUUCUUAGAACAAUGAAAACUUUUUUUUUUUUGCUGAGAGCUUGUCUCAGUUUUGCGUGUACAUUUUGUCCGUCGUAAGUCAUACCCUUUUUGUGUUGCUCGUUUACCCUGCCCAUCUGAGCUUUACAGUAACUUGAACAUGAAAUUUUUUAACUUGACAAGUUCGAGAAAGCUUACAAGUGUUAUUAACUCGAGCUGAGCAAUUGCAUUCUCA